CGCGCUCGCCACCGCGGCAACUCGCAAAGACAAGGCGGGUCGCCGGAGAGCAGCGGGGAGACCGCCUCCGACGUCCCCUCCGCCCCCCAGAGGCUGCCGGUGCCUCGUUCUCCGGGCUUCUCUAGCUUUACCAUGAACCUGGCGCAAGCUUGGCUUUAGGAGAAAUUCAGAAGCCGGAGGGGGAGUCAGUGCAAUUCUUUGGUUGCUAAGUGUGAGUGAAGACAUCCGGGAUGGCUCAGGGAUCUGGGGAUCAAAGAGCAGUGGGGAUUGCUGACCCAGAGGACAGUUCUCCAAACAUGAUAGUCUACCGCAAAAUUGAAGACAUCAUCACAAAGAUGCAAGAUGACAAGACAGGGGGUGUGCCCAUCAGAACAGUCAAGAGCUUUCUCUCCAAAAUUCCCAGUGUUGUUACAGGUACUGACAUUGUGCAAUGGCUUAUGAAGAACCUCUCCAUCGAGGACCCAGUUGAAGCAAUACACGUGGGAAGCCUUAUAGCUGCCCAGGGCUACAUCUUUCCAAUCUCGGACCACGUUCUCACCAUGAAGGAUGACGGCACCUUCUACCGUUUCCAGGCCCCGUACUUUUGGCCUUCAAACUGCUGGGAGCCUGAAAACACCGACUACGCCAUCUAUCUCUGUAAGAGGACAAUGCAGAAUAAAGCGAGGCUGGAACUGGCAGACUAUGAAGCAGAAAACUUAGCAAGACUCCAGAGGGCCUUCGCAAGGAAGUGGGAAUUCAUCUUUAUGCAAGCAGAAGCACAAGUGAAGAUAGAUCGGAAAAAGGACAAGACAGAAAGGAAAAUUUUGGAUAGUCAAGAACGGGCCUUUUGGGAUGUGCACAGACCAGUGCCAGGCUGUGUGAACACAACAGAAAUGGAUAUCAGAAAAUGCCGGCGUCUGAAGAACCCGCAAAAGGUUAAGAAGUCAGUGUAUGGUGUGACUGAAGAGUCCCAGUCGCAAAGCCCCGUGCACAUACCCAGUCAGCCAAUCAGGAAAACUACAAAAGAGGACAUCCGGAAACAGAUAACAUUUUUGAGUGCACAGAUUGACAGACAUUGUUUAAAAAUGUCCAAAGUGGCUGAAAGCUUAAUUGCUUACACAGAACAGUAUGUGGAAUACGAUCCAUUGAUCACGCCGGCCGAGCCGUCCAAUCCCUGGAUCAGCGACGAUAUCACUUUAUGGGACAUAGAGAUGAGCAAAGAGCCCAGCCAGCAGCGAGUCAAGAGAUGGGGCUUCUCUUUCGACGAGGUAUUGAAGGACCAGGUGGGGCGGGACCAGUUCCUAAGAUUCCUGGAGUCCGAAUUCAGCUCUGAAAACCUCAGGUUCUGGUUGGCUGUCCAAGAUCUCAAGAAACAGCCCCUGCAGGAUGUGGCCAAGAGGGUGGAAGAAAUCUGGCAAGAGUUUCUGGCUCCAGGGGCACCAAGUGCGAUCAACCUGGACUCUCACAGCUAUGAGAUAACCAGUCAAAAUGUCAAAGACGGAGGGAGAUACACAUUCGAAGAUGCCCAGGAACACAUCUACAAGUUGAUGAAGAGUGACAGCUAUGCCCGCUUCCUCCGGUCAAAUGCCUACCAGGACUUGCUGCUGGCCAAGAAGAAGCCAGAAAGUGAGCAAGGUCGUAGAACCUCCUUAGAAAAGUUCACUCGCAGUGUGGCUGAGAACUGUAUGGGAAGAGGGUUUGAUUGAAGUUCAGAAAAGGCAUAUAACUCCUAUCCACUUCUCCAACCAAAGACGGAGGGUAAAGUCCUGUUCGUUGCAGUCUGUCUACACCCAGAAUUUUUUAAAUCAAUUCCACCCCCCUGCACUGGUUCUCUGCUUGUCGCCCUCACAAAGCGACCAAUCCUGGGUUCCCCUUCUGGAAAAAAGGUCCCUCGCUUAGGGGUUAAGGAUGCUCCGUGUACACAUGCAUGCGCACAUGACUGGGAGCCAAUCUAUUGAGUAUCAAAUGCGUGAGUGCAAGACUUUGCCAACAUGAACCCACUGAGCCUGCAGAUGAAUCUAUCAAGUCAGGAAUAAAGGGAAAACGUUGGGAUCAAACCAAAUGACAAAUUACAAAUUGGAUCAGUGGCUCUUCCUCUAGCUCUGCUGGGGAGGCAUGUUAUGAACUCCCUGGACACGCCCAGUAGCUGGCAAUACACACACAUACACGCACACACACACCCACAAGGCCCCUUCCUGGUCAGGCAUGAAGCAGAGGUGACCUUGACACUUCUCACUCCUAAGCCUUUAGCGCUAAGACUCGUGACUGCACUCAGGAGUCUGAGCUUUGGGCUGGAGAAAACCAACUUUCCCUUUGGCUCUCCCACAUGGUGCCUGCUGGCAAGCCCACAGAACUUAUGCCAGUUCACUCUCACAGUGUUCUGUGCUAUUCCCCAGUCCCUGCUGCCCCUCCCACCCCUCCACGGUGUAGCCUCAUGUUAUGGCAGAAUAGCAAAGACCACCCAGCAGUUGGCCCCACAGAGGAAGAAGGAACUGGCAGAAGGCAGGAGUAGAUGGGAAUGAGGCAGGAUUUGCUAGCUGACCUGACAAAUGACCCAGUGGGCAGUUCUAAUGGAAGGCCUAUCGUGGGAAAUUUAAGUCUAGAAGUAUUUAUUAAAAUUGGCCACGUGACAGGUGUUGUGCUGCCUGCUGAGCUUACACAGUUCAGUAAAAGUGGCCCUUGUCCUCAAAGACCACACCUUCUAGUAGAAGAUGCAGACGUGUGCAACCAACCCAUUGGGACCCAGGGCAAGAGGGGCGCAGGUACACAUAAAACGCACGUGGCAAAGGGAAACUAAUUCUACAUGGGAAGGAGAGAGGAAGAGAGAGGCAUGAAAAUUCCUGGCCUAUUUAGGGCGCAGUGAGUGAACCCCGUGAGUGGAACAUGAAGAGGGUGGAGGCUAGGAGUGAGGGUGAAAGAAGAAGAAAGGUCAGAGCUACAGACCAAAGAGAGAUGUCAUGAUGGGCUCAAACCAGGGUAGGGCCUGCAGUGAAGGUGGAGAGAGGGGACAGACUCACGAGAUGCCAUGGGAGAGUAGGAAGCCCCGUGGUAACUCAGUGAGUGUGGGGGUUGGACAGGGAGAGAUGAGUGAAAGAUGUUUCAGGGGACUCAAGUCAGGAUGAAGGAAUGCCAUGGGGCCAGGAGACCGAGUCCAAAGGGGCAUGAGAACAGAGCUGGCUGGCUAGGAGAGGGCUUCCUGAGAGCGAAGGCAGUGAGGGAGGGGAAAAGACAAGAGGUGUUCAAAAGGGCGUUUCACGUUUCUUAUUUCAGAGGGGGAGGAUUUGGGGUCUGGCCAUCGGGGUAGUAGAGCUGGCGAGGAGCAGGCAGGUCAAAGUGGAGGAGGUAAGGGGUCAUCCCAGUGGAUGUUGAGGCCACUUGGGAUGACAGCGGAAGACAGAACAGAGGCAGAGCAUAGGAGGUGGGGACCAGAGUCCUUAUCCUAGGGGAAUAUGGAGAGGUGAUCUGGAGGUCCACAGAUGGGGCCACUGAGGCUGAGGAGGGGCAGACUACCAGCUGACCUACCUUCAGAUGCAGAAGGGCUCCUGGGCAGAGCUCCUCAGUCAGUGGCCUGAAGAGGGCCAGUGAGAGAUGGGCAUGCCUGCCUCCAGACUCAUCCAGAUUGCCCUCAGCAGUACAUGUGGGAUGACCCUUUCUCCCCUGCCUCCAUCACUUCUGGAAA